UCGCAUUUAAUUGGAACGUAAAUUAGAAAAUUCGAAAAAUUGUGAGUUCAAUCACCGAAAAAGCUAUUGAUACGAAAGCGGGGCAUGCGACUGAUGCCAAACGACGCGUUUUUCAUGCACGACAAGUUGUAAAAUCGAUAUCUAUAUGUACGAAAGUGAAAAUCCAAAUUGACGCGACCGACCAAACCACGAGACCACACUAGUUUUCUGAGCGAUGCAUUCGCUUCACUGGACAUCGCGUAUGAUAUCGCGGGCCCUGCGUAGCAGCUUUUCCACACUCUUGGAGUCUGCCACUGGGGCUGCGGCCAGCAAGGGUGGCGAAGGUGCUCUCAAGUCUGCCUCACCGCGGCCACAUUUCGUGUCUGUGGUCUGUGGAUUCGCCAAGGACAACCUGCGCCACAAGUACAAGCCUGGAAAGUAUGGCGAGGACUCCUGGUUCAAGGCAUCCACAGAGCAGGCCGAUGUUAUGGGCGUGGCCGACGGUGUCGGAGGCUGGCGCAGCUACGGCAUCGAUCCGGGCGAGUUUUCCUCCUUCCUGAUGCGCACAUGCGAGCGCCUGGUGCAGUGCAGUCACUUUAACCCGCAGCGACCCGUCAAUCUGCUGGCGUACAGCUACUGCGAGCUGAUGGAACAGAAGAAGCCCAUUCUGGGCAGCAGCACUGCCUGCGUGCUAAUCCUCAAUCGGGAGACGAAAACGGUGCACACUGCCAAUAUCGGAGACAGUGGCUUCAUGGUGGUGAGGCAGGGCGAGGUGGUGCACAAGUCUGAGGAGCAACAGCACUACUUCAACACGCCCUUCCAGCUAUCCCUGCCCCCGCCCGGCCAUGGCCCGAACGUGCUGAGCGAUAGCCCCGAGUCGGCGGACACCAUGAGUUUCCCCGUGGAGGAUGGCGAUGUUAUACUCAUCGCCACCGAUGGCGUCUUCGACAAUGUGCCCGAGGACCUCAUGCUGGAUGUGCUGCGCGAUGUGGAGGGCGAACGGGAUCCCGUCAAGCUACAGAUGACCGCCAACAGCCUGGCCCUGAUGGCCCGCACGCUGUCCCUCAACAGCGAGUUCCUCUCGCCCUUUGCCCUCAGCGCUCGUCGCAACAAUAUACAGGCACGCGGUGGCAAGCCAGAUGACAUUACAGUCGUCCUGGCCACUGUUGCAAUGUAA